AUGGGUUCGCUUUCUAGUAGCAAAAGGAGCUUUCUUUACAUCUUUCUUUGUGUGUUUCUGUCUCAGAUAUGCCACUCUGCUUCUUCCAAGUUGUAUGUGGUUUAUAUGGGAAGCAGAGGAAGUGAUGAACCAAAGGAGAUUUUGAGGCAGAAUCAUCAAAUACUUACUUCUGUUCAUAAUGGAAGUGUGGAGAAAGCAAUGGACUCUCAUGUGUACAGUUACAAACAUGGUUUUCGAGGCUUUGCUGCCAAGUUGACUGAAGAACAAGUUUCUGAAAUUGCCAAAAUGCCAGAAGUCGUAUCAGUAUUUCCUAAUUCCAAGAGAACUCUGCACACUACUCAUUCAUGGGACUUCAUGGGCCUCAAUGAUGAAGAAACAAUGGAGAUUCCUGGCUAUUCAACAAAGAAUCAAGUAAAUGUGAUCAUUGGUUUUAUUGAUACAGGAAUUUGGCCUGAAUCUCCAAGUUUUAGUGAUGCUGACAUGCCCCCUGUGCCAGUUGGAUGGAAAGGACAAUGCCAGUCAGGGGAAGCAUUCAAUGCUUCUUCAUGCAACAGGAAAGUAAUUGGUGCAAGGUACUAUUAUAGUGGAUAUGAAGCUGAGGAAGAUUCAGGGAAGACUACAUUAUUUAAGUCCCCUAGGGACAGCGCAGGUCAUGGAAGUCACACUGCUUCGACAGCUGCUGGUCGUUUUGUGGAGAACAUGAAUUAUAAAGGGCUAGGAGCCGGGGGAGCAAGAGGGGGAGCUCCAAUGGCUAGGAUUGCCGCAUACAAGACUUGUUGGAAUUAUGGGUGUUAUGAUGUUGAUCUUCUGGCUGCCUUUGAUGAUGCUAUUAGAGAUGGGGUUCAUAUCAUCUCUCUGUCUUUAGGACCUGAUUCUCCCCAGGGAGAUUAUUUCAAUGAUGCUAUCUCUGUGGGCUCCUACCAUGCAGUUAGCCAUGGAAUUGUUGUGGUUGCAUCAGUUGGAAAUGCAGGAACCCCAGGAUCAGCUACAAAUCUUGCUCCGUGGCUGAUUACAGUUGCUGCAACUUCUACUGACAGGGAUUUCACAUCUGAUAUUGUACUUGGAAAUGGCGCUAACUUUUUGGGUGAGAGCCUUACUAAUCUUCAAAUGCAAGAAUCAGCAAGAAUUAUUCCUGCUUCUGAAGCUUUUGCCGGAUAUUUCACUCCUUACCAAUCCAGUUUCUGCCUAGACAGUUCGUUGAAUAUCACAAAGGCAAAAGGGAAAGUUUUGGUUUGUCAACAUUCUGGGAGUUCAACUGAAUCAAAGCUAGAAAAAAGUGUUGUUGUUAAAGAAGCAGGUGGAGUUGGGAUGAUUUUAAUAGAUGAAAUGGAUAAGGAUGUUGCUAUUCCUUUUGUGAUCCCUGCUGCAAUUGUCAGCAAGAAGUUGGGCUAUAAAAUUCUUUCUUACAUCAACAAUACAAGAAACCCAAUGUCAAGAAUUUUGUCUGCAAAAACUGUACUAGGACUUCAACAUGCUCCGCGCGUGGCUGCAUUUUCUUCAAGGGGUCCUAGUAGUCUUUCCCCAGAAAUUUUGAAGCCUGAUGUUGCAGCUCCUGGUUUAAACAUUCUGGCUGCCUGGUCUCCAGCAAAUGAGAAGUUAUAUUUCAACAUUCUUUCUGGAACUUCGAUGGCUUGCCCACAUGUAACUGGGAUUGUUGCGCUCAUUAAAGCUGUGCAUCCUUCCUGGUCGCCAUCCGCCAUCAAAUCUGCCAUCAUGACAACAGCCACGGCGUUAGAUAAGAACAACAAACCCAUCACUGCUGACCCCGAAGGAAGAAGAGCAAAUGCAUUUGACUAUGGUUCUGGCUUUGUGAACCCAAAAAAGGUCCUCAAUCCGGGUCUAGUUUAUGAUGCAAAACCAGUAGACUACAAGAACUUUCUUUGCUCAAUUGGUUACAACGAGAAAUCAAUUCGUCUUAUUACAAGGGACAACAGCACCUGUGGUCAAUCAGUCGCUACAGCAUCAGACCUAAACUAUCCCUCCAUUGUGGUUCCUAAUUUGAAAGAGCACCUUACAGUGACCAGAACUUUGACAAAUGUAGGAAGGCAACAGAGUAUUUAUAAAGCAGUAGUUGUUGCUCCCAGAGGAAUUAAUGUUACAGUUGUGCCUCGCCGAAUAGUCUUUACUAGAUAUGGACAGAAAAUAAACUUCAGAGUCAAUUUCAAGGUUGCUGCUCCAACAGCAGGUUAUGCUUUUGGAUCACUGACAUGGAGGAGUGGUGAUUCAUGCGUUACCUCCCCGUUAGUCGUUAGGGCCGUGCACUCAAGGACGAGGUUGAUGAUUUAG